CAACAUCACUGUCAAUGCAUUAACGCUCCCUGUCUUUCAACGCAUGGCUGGGAAUGGCGAGAUUGUUCGGGCCGAACCACACUAUAAUAACCGUAUUGGCGUUCUUAUCCCGUAUCGGCCCGUGAUUGUUGAGCGCUCUGUUUGUAAGCUUCUGACCGGCUCAGGAUAUUAAAACACUAUGUACAGCAGGGUCGCCGACGUGAAUUAAGCCAGUGAUCCGGGAUAUACGACGCAUAUAGCUUGUUAACAAUGACGAGCACCUGUAUAUUUUGUUGCCAUGGAGGUGAUCACGUGACGUUGUACACUGUCAUGGCCGAAGAUAGACCUCGUCGAGCGAACAGUUGACAAGAGACGAAAGAUGGAUUUACGAGUGUUUUUAGGAAUUGUUUGUGUUCUCUCUGUGAAGUUUACAUCUUCCGAGGCGAAAUGGGUUGAAGGGAAUUUACAGUCAAACAGCGACUGGGAGUUCCUCGGCAGGUUCUGCUUCCUGUCAUCAAAAGGCUCCCUUGUAUAUAGCUUUAUGUACCCAGUGGACUACGGGACACAGGAAGUGUUGCUUUAUUAUGACGCGGCUUCCCAGUGGGAUGCUGUCUACAAGAAAAAUAAGGAUCUCUUUGUGUCAGGAUCUGACUGUGUCAGGAUCUCUUUGUGUAAGGAUCUGACUGUCAGGAUCUCUAUGUUAUGCGUCGCCGCGGCACGAUGUGGAAAGUCCAACGGAAGCCUUGUAAAAUAUGUGGCGGGUCUGAAGCUGGAGUACGCCAUGCACAUGACGAAUGGAGAACCCGACGACACGCUCAAGUAUGAGUUUUCUGCUGAUGAGUUCUAUAUUCUGCCAAUCAACAUUGCAUUCCUCAUAGCGUACGUCAGUCUGCUGUUUGUGUCCGUUGUGUGUGCAGCGGUACUGCGGAACCGCCAGCUCUUCCACACGACCUACAAGAUGUACAUGGUGGCGGUGGCGCUGUGGCUGUUUCAUCUGUUCCUGAUGUGUAUUGCCUACGGGAAGUAUUCCGACACUGGCCGGGAAGAGAGAGGUACCAAGGUGACAGCUCGCGUGUUCUCGUCGGUCAGCGACAUUGUCUACCUGCUGAUGCUCAUCCUGAUGGCCAAGGGGUUCACCAUCACCCGCGGUAGACUCAGCACGUCCGGAACCAUCAAGCUCACCGUCUUUGUCUGCAUCUACGCCGUCGUGUACGCCGUCCUCCUCAUCUGGGAAGCUAAUUUCUUUGACCCCGGCCUGGUGUUGUACAUCUACGAGAGCCCCCCUGGAUACGGUCUGGUUGCUAUGCGUCUGAUUGGAUGGGGCUGGUUCCUGUAUUCUAUUUUCUUCACCUUGAAGAACCAUCCCGGCAAAGGACAGUUCUUCUACCCUUUCCUCAUUUUCUUCACAUUGUGGUUCUGGGCUGGACCAAUCGUGAUCCUCAUUGCCAUGUUUGUGAUGAAACAGUGGACUCGGGAAAAGACAGUGAAUGGCGUCGAGCUAUUUGUGUCCCUCGUCGGCCAUUUGUUUUUCUUGAUACUGACUCGUCCCUCAGCAGCCAAUUCCAACUUCCCCUACCACAUUCGGACAUCCCAGAUUGGGAUCUUGACCGGGGAGGAGGGUGAGACGGAAUCUGGACAGGGGUCUGUUCCCAUGGGGGGCACAGACAAUGUUAUGGGCGGCUACCCCUAUGCCACCACAUCCACCUACAGCGGCACGUCGCCAGACUUUUCUGGACUUUUUAUCGUCUCCCAGACACACUCGGAGAAGAGGAAUGGUCAUCUCCCACCCCUGGCUGCUGAUGCCAAAUCUUUGCCUCCCCUAGGGAGUAACUUGGGCAGGAAUGAAACUCUGCCGCCAAUACAAGGCGUAAACGCCACGCCCACAGCACCACCUUCCUACGAAGCCCUCUUCAACGCCAAUAAUGCAUAAAUGUGGAUUAGGAUAUUUUGGAAUCAUAUUUUAAAUUUUUAUUAUGAAUUUCUUUUGAAAUAUCAGUAUUUAGUUUUCAUUUUAAUGUACGACAAAUGUUUCAAAAUGCUGAUAUGAAUGAUGUGAUACUGUUAAACGUGAAGUCGUGGAUUGAGAAAUGUGUUUUUUAUUUAGUGGCCUGAUUUUUUUAGUAUUUAUGCCUUCAUGUUUGAUUUUGCAAAUACUGCAUAAAAAUAUGUUUGUUUUUGUAUCAGUUAUUAAGAGAUAUUUGUUUGUAAUGUUACAAGUGAUGUCCUUACACUGAAACAACAACACAACAAAGUUACAGUUGAGUCUUUCUUGAGAUUCUCAGCUCGUCCGGCAUUGGUCUUUGUGGAAUAGUGUCUUCUGUCCUGUGCCUUCUCAUUAUCAGAUUAAUGGAUACAAAUUUUAAUUUCAUGUUUUUGUUGUUAUCGUGCUCUUGAGUAUAAUGGACAUGCCUUCUUUGGUGCAAGUUUCAAGAAGAAUUGCUGUCUUGUUUGUUCAUGUGCAGUAAAUGUUACAUUGUAUUGUUUAUGUACAAGGAGACAGCAAAUUCCAGUGUAACAGUAAAUAUUUAGAAUUUAGAAAAGUGAUUGCUGGACAUGAUGAGGUACAAUUUCAGUGGUAUUUUCUGUAAGGUAUUUUUACAUGCUGAGAUUGAUAUCUGGUGUAAUUGAAACAAAACAAGCUAGAAAAUGAAUCAGCUUGUCUUUUACACACCCGCUGCCCCUGGCCCAAGCCCCCACCCUCACCCCAGCCCCAAACCCUCAUCCCUGCCCCCUCCCCGAAGCCUCAUCCCUCUCCCAGCCCCCCCCACCCCAGAGCUCACCAUAAUAUUCCACCCACACCCCUUUCCCCAGCCCCACCACCUAGUGUGAAAUGUAUUCUUCAGUUCAGCUGAGUAUAGUAUUCAACUUGCCUUUUUGUUCUAAUCCAGGAAAGGGACGAUGGUGUAGCCUCGUGGGUAAAGUGUUCGCUCGUCACACCGAAGACCCGGGUUCGAUUCCCAACAUGGGUACAAUGUGUGGAGCCUAUUUCUGGUGUCACCCCCCAUGAUAUUGCUGGAAUAUUGCUAAAAGUGGCGUAACACCAGACUCACUAAUCCAGAGAAGUGUUUACAAACAAAAUGUCCUCCCUUAUAAGUUUGGGGGAUUUUUUUGUCAUUAAUUAUAGUUUUUGUAGAUUUUCUUGUGUAACAAACAGUUUGCCAAAAGCGCUGAAGUCCCUAAAUAUCCAUGUGAUGUUCACCGUAAAUAAGCUGUGAUUGACUCCCAAAUGUUUACCACGUUGAUGUGUGAAAUGUGUUGUUGAGGUGUGUUAGCUAUAUAUACUGGGGACAGAAAAACGUGAUUAUUUUUAAGUUUUGAUAUUUAAUGUUAGUGUGGUAUUUUUAUUUUUUUGUUGACACAUGCUCAGCAAUGUUGACACUUUAUGAUAGUGUUCUGUGACCAACUGAGUCUGGAACACACAAUACAGUGAUUGACAGCACAAGGCUCAAGCCAUGUAAGGGAAUCUACCUGUGCCUGAUUCAGUCACCUUGAACCAACACAGUGGCUACCUGUAUUUUACACCAGAGACAACAAAGAGAAAGACAGCUCUUAAAUCCCUCGACAUCUCUCAUGUCUUAUAUUACUAGGGGUAGCCCAGUGGUUAGAACGUUCGCUUGUCACGCUGAAGACCCGGGUUCGAUUCCGCACAUGGGUACAAUAUGUGAAGCCCAUUUCUGGUGUCCCCCGCCAUGAUAUUGCUGGAAUAUUGCUAAAAGUGGCGUAAGACUUAACUCACUCACUCUAUUAUUACUAGAAAACACUUUUUUUUCAUUCUAUUUUUCUUACUUUUGAAACACUUGUAUCAUAACAUUGUAAUAAUUAUUGCAAAACAAAUGACACUAUCAGUUUGUUCUUAUCUAUCAAUUCUCCAUACAUUUCUAUGACAAUAUUAUUUCUUUAAUGACUGUUCAUCUGUUGUUUUUGUAUGCUGUCACAAGCAUAAUAAUCAAAGUAAUGACACUAUUUUCCUUGUUCGAAAUCAGUAUUAGCUGGAAGCUCUCGUAAAUCUCAAGCAGCUGUUGGCUUGGCUUGUUACUGUUUCUCCUUGCUAAUUGUUCUGCUGUGUGUAAAGGGUUUUGUGUGAUGGUAUUGGGGUAUGCUGAUGUAGUCUAUGUAGAUAUAUUCUUGAUUUAACAUGAUCAGCAAAGUAAUGUUGGGGUUAAGUCCAGUAUCCAUCCAUGUACAGAGUUACUUCCCUUUGGUGGGCCAGGAUUCUAUGAUCAGUUGGGUUGAAUCCCAGAUUGAGAUGAAUUGUGGAGCCACUAGAUUCAGUACUAGAGCAGCACCCACCAGGGUCCUAAUGCCCCCCAUUUAGUAUCUGUAUAUCUCAGAUGCUGUUGUUAUGUUUAUCUUGAUUUGGGAUGUGGAAAACACGUUGCAUCAGUUGCUUUGUGUUUUCGUACACGCAGAAUUAAGGCUUGAUUUAGAUCAAACCGUGAUCCACUUAUUUAAUCAGAUCUACUUGAUUGACAUGAUCUGUAGGGCGCGCUGCAAUUCCCUGUGCAGAAUUACCUCCCUUAGCUUACCAGGAUCUUGUGAUUAUGGUUCCUAUUCCUCCCAAA